AUGACUAACGAUCCCGUGGCCAGGUCUAAUAUAACAGCCGACGAUCUAUAUAGGAGGUCAACUCAGUUCAGAGUUUGGUCGUAUACUAAAGAUAAGUUAGUGGAAACAAGAGAAAAUACCAAUGAAAAUGGUAGGGCUUUAGCCAUUAAGAAAUUCAAUAUCAGCUUCGAAACGUUCAAAAAAGACAAUAGUGAGAUAUUUGAAUCACAUAAGGAAGAAUUAGAUCCACAUACACUCAUAGAUCUAAUAACGCUAGACGAAGAGAUCAAAUACUUAAACUUUUAUGCUAAGAAUAUAUUGGAAGCAGCGAAAUAUUUUAAGAUGUCUACUCAAGUUAAAUCAACAGCUUUAUCAUUCUUCAAGAAAUUCUACUUAUUAAAUUCAGUAAUGCAAUAUCAUCCAAAGAACAUUCUUUAUACUUGUUUGUUCCUUGCAGCCAAAUCAGAAAAUUAUUUCAUAUCUAUUGAAACUUUCUGUAAAGGACUACAAAAGACUGAACCAAAAGACAUUCUCGAUUUGGAGUUCACCGUUUUACAAAGUUUAAAGUUCACUUUACUAGUACAUCAUCCAUUCAGACCGCUUUAUGGAUUCUUCCUAGACUUUCAACAAGUUUUACUGGAUAUCAAAAUAGAUGAAAUUGGUGAGCUUUAUGACCAAGCUAAAAAUUGGUUGAAUAAUUAUGCGUUAUUGAGCGAUGUAUCCUUUCUAUUCACACCACCACAAAUUGCUUUAGCUGCUAUGUAUGAUACCAACCCAAAUAUCACCAACCUGUACCUUUCUAAGAAAUUUAAAAAAUUAGAUACGAUAAAAGAAGGUGAGGUAAACGGUCAAACAGAUUACGAUCUUAUUUUCAGAACAAUAGAGAAUUGUAUAGAAACUGCCAAACAAUUAAUCGAAUCUACCAGAGAGGAAAGUACCAAGAUUGAUAGAAAAUGUUUCUUUGCUAUUAAUCCAGAUAAACUUAUAAAUAAAAAAUUAAAGAAAAUCAAACAAGGAUUACAACCACAAUGA